GUCAUUGCAUAGCUGCACCCUGAGUGUUUACACACGUUGAUUCCUGCAGCACCUGUGUCAGGCUACCAACUGUUGUCCCUCAGUGGUUCACAUGGAUACUAAUAAAGAGGCCGUCGAAGAGACAGACAACACGUAUGUCACCUACCUGCAGCCGGGCAGGAUGCCUCUUAACGCAGGAGACAACAGUUACGGCAGCGCGCCAGGUCCCGGGCUGUCCGGCAGUGUGGGCGUCUCGGAAUCCGUCCCUCUGCUCGUCCCGGAGCCGGUCCGGCAGUGGCAGCCCAUGACCAAGGAGGAGCUGGAGCUCACCGCGGGGGGUCCGGGGUGGAGGAAGGUGCGCCGUUACCUGGUGCUGCUGUUCUGGCUGUCAUGGGUGGCCAUGCUAGCCACCUCCAUCGCCAUCGUAGUGGUGAGCCCCCGGCCGGUUGUUACACCGCUCACGUGGUGGCAGAAGUCGCUGUUCUACCAGCUGCAGCUAGACCUGUACAUGGAGGAACACACCGAGGGGUCAGGGAACAUGAAUGCGCUGUGUGAGCAGCUUCCCUUCCUCAGGUCCCUGGGUAUAGGGGCCCUAAUCCUGGAGGGUCUGUUUAAUAAGGAGGCGUCUCCUUUAAACUUCAUUUCAACUGGUAAAAAGUUUGCGACGUUGCCUCAGAUCCUGCAUCUGCUCGCAGAGAGCAACAAAGCAGGCCUCAAAGUGGUGGUUGACUUCUGUAAACUGGAUCUGCUGAGACUUCAGGAUGUAGCAGGAAACGCAGACAAGCCAUCAAACCACUCGCAUGCACUCUGGUUCUGGUUGGAGCAGGGUGUAGCAGGUUUUGCAAUCUGUGACACAGAUGCAGCGUAUUCAGAAAAGACUCUGCUGGAGUGGAGAGGCAUCUUGAAGGAAUUCAGCAGUCAGGAAGAGGAAAGGAUUGUGGUGGUUAAACAGAUGAGAGACAGUCUGCCUCCUCUAAACAACGGUACACUGGUGGAUGUGGUCAUGAAAUCAAUUCUGCCGUCUUCGCGUCAUGUCCUGUCUGCCAAGGAAGUCGCUGCUGCUAUAGAGACACACCUGCAAGCAAGAGAAGAAGUUAUAUGGCCCAGCUGGACAGUUGAAGGUAAAGCAUCUCAUGACUUGAAGAAAUUACUCCUGGUGUUGACGAUGACACUGCCAGGAUCACCUGCCAUCCAGUAUGACGAGAUCAGCCAAACACAGAAUGUGUCUCUGAAAGCAGGCGCAUCACAUGGAGAGAUGACGGAACCAACAGACACCGAUUUAGAUAAGGAGAAGAUGAAGCAUUCAGCUGUUGCCCUCUUUACCUCCCUCAGUCGCUCCAGAGCCAGAGAAGAAGCUCUUCUGUAUGGGACUCUUACUUUCCUCCCCUUUAAUUUCUCCACCAGCCCCUCCAACUCUACUCUUGCCUCUCCUUCUCCUGCUCCGAUCCUGGCUUUCUUGCGUUCUUGGGGUUGCGUCCACUUCCUCAUUCUGCUAAAUGUUGGGCCUGAGCUCCAUGCCCUGGCUCCGGCCUGGGCCCCGAGCCUGCCUGAAGCCGGAGUGUUUGUGACCAGCACAGGAAUGGACCGUUUGGGGUCGAUGACUCUGAAAAAGCUGGAACUGCAGCCCCACGAAGCCAUCGUCAUCAAACUGUUUGAGGCAGGAAGUUACUCCUAGAGCUUCUCUGUUAAUUAGAUGUGUGGACAUUGAGCUACUGGGAUUUGAGUUUUCCUCUCACAGGGUGAUAAAUGUUGGACACAAUUGUGUUUGACUGAUAUGUGCUCAGAGGUCAAAGAAAAUAAAAUACUGGUUCUGUGUGGCAUCA